UUCAUUAUUCCUAUUAACACAGGAAGCGACUAACAGCCAAAGAAUGUUUUAACCAUCCUUGGCUAGCACAGACUGAAGCAGACAUGAAUAAAGUAGUCCUGUCAACAGACAAACUUAAGAAAUUCAUAAUAAGGCGGAAGUGGCAGAAAACUGGGAAUGCUAUCCGUGCCCUGGGACGAAUGGCCAACCUCACCAAUCGUCGCAGUUCACAACCCUCCUCACCAACCCGCCUUUCGCCACUCCCAGAGAACCAUCCCCACACACCUCCAUCCUCAUCUUCCCAGUCUCCAAUUUCCACUCCAACCACCCUCUCAAAGACCAAAGGGUGUGCUCCUGUGACUCGCCCCUCAUCCAGUAUAGUCAGCGAGAGAAGCGAUUCUGGUAUCAGUGAAUGCUCUUUUAAUAUUGAGGAAAAUAACCAGAAUGUAGGUAACAAUCAAUUUGGUAUAACAAAUGGUCGUGCUGUUACAGGGCGCAAUGUUCUCAAAAGUGGAAAGACACCUUCUUUAGACUGGCAAUCUUCUGUGGACUCUGCUGUCUGUGAUGACGACUACAUAAGCAAGAACAGCUUUGGAUCUUCCCCAAGAAAAAUAUCCAGGGAGGCACUAAUCCAUGCUAAGUCUGCUGUUGCUGACACUCGCAUGAAUGCACACUCGAGAAUAUGAGUUAAGCAGUGUAUAGAAAAAUAUAUUAGUGAAAUAAUUUGUACUUUAAGAAUUUGUACAUAUGCAAAUCAGGACUGUUUAGAAUUAGUCGUUCUCUUGCUUGCUGGCCUCGCAGUACAGGAUCUCUUCUGUGAAUGUAAUUUGCCUAUCUAAUCCAUGUCCUCGUAUAUGGAGCUGAUUAGACGUGUGUAAGACGAGGUCAUGAAUUUUAAGUCU